UCCAAAAAGAAUGCCCUGUACAUCUACAAUAGCACAAUGCAAAAUGAGGUUCAGGAAAGCAGCAGAGGAGAGAGCCACAAGAAUGGAAGUCACAAAGGGCAGUAUAAAGAAGGACUCCUUGAAGUGACUCUCCUCCAGGUGCAAACAGCAGACAGUGGGCAGUACAUUUGUGCCAUGACAUGUGGCCGUGUCCAUAAAGCAGUUGUCAUGGAGGUGAUUGUUAAAGAUGUAGUUAAUGUGACUGUGGGGGAAGAUGCCAUUCUGCCCUGCCAGCUGAUGGAAACUCAUGAACCCUCCUAUUUGAAGCUGCAGUGGAGAAGAAUCAGUCCUGGAAAGAGUCAGACCAUCUAUUCUUACCUGUACCAGGAUACCUGUCCAGUGAUUUAUUCUGAAGACAGGCUUGGUGACAAGUGUUCUUGUUCAAAUAGACCUCACAUCAGAGAACAGUUUGGGGAGAAAUACAAACAAAAGGCAGAGGUCUUCAAAGGCAAUGAGUUAAGAAACUGGAAUUGUUCUCUGAAGCUAAACAACAUUCACAAGUAUGAUGCAGGGAAAUAUGUAUCAUCAGUGAGGUUUAACUCACUUCACAAAGUGUGCAUCCUCAAUCUUUCUGUGAGAGGUAAUGCUUCAGUUAUCGGAAAUGUUAUCCAUGAAAUUGGUCAGACUGGACAAGAUCUGAUAUUGUCCUGCAAAGUAAGAGGCUGCACACCCACUAAGUUGCAUGUGCAGUUAUACAAAUGGGACAGCUCCAAAAAUAAAACCUUGUAUAGCUACAGUAGCACAAAGGAACGGCACAGAGAUCAGAAAAGCAGCCCUGGAGACAAACAUGAUGAUGGAAUUCACAGAGGACAGUAUAAGGACGGGGUCCUUGAAGUGACACUCCUCAAGGUGCAAACAGUUGACAGUGGGCAGUAUGUCUGUGCCAUGACAUGUGACCAUGUCUAUUCAGAAGCUAUCAUGGAAGUGAGAGUAGAGGAGUUCCAUGACCAGAACACGGAAAUCCUCAUGUCCUACUAUUUUGUUUGGCUAUAUUUCCUAUAUGUGUUCUUGAUAGUGCUGUGUAUUUUCACAAAAAUUGGUAAAUGUAAUAAGGAAAAUGGUAUGUUUUUAGAAUAUAUUUUCCUUGACUCCAUUCAGAACUGGGCUUGGCAAAAUAGCUUUUAUUACCCUCCCACCACCACCAUUUUUCUAAAAUCCCGAAUUUAGAAACCUAUCUCUUUCUCACUAAUGUAAGAGAGAGUUCAAGAGAGUCCAAAGAUCUUUCCCCACCAGCUCUCCCCAAUCCUCCUCUCACAUCCCCACUGACCUCCCUGUAUAACCCCUAAACCCUUGUCUGUGACCCCAUUGGUUCCCCAAAACUUACCACCGAAGAUCCUCAAAGUCCUGUGUGGGGUUUCCCUCUUUCCUUAGUGCCUAAAACACUGCAGUUUCUACAGACACUUCAAGAUGUCAGGAAACCUGGCAAACUCAGAUGCCCUUGAGAAAUAUGUUUCCCAGUGUGCCUAGGAUGCUGUUUCUGAAGUUUCCUCAAUGCCAAAGACUGAAGGAAAUAAUGAACAGGUCUUCAGAAUGCAGACCUUUCUGCUGUGUCAGUAUCACUACUAAUUAACUUUGGA